AUGUCUGCAGAGCCGGCACCGGAGGCAGAUGCCAGCAGGAGGGGCCUCAAGAAGCCCUGUUCAUUCAGCAUCGAGGACAUCCUCUCCAGCCCAGCAGAGAAGAGCCCCCAGGUCCUGGUCCCACUGUGCCUACGGAGCAUCUUGGACUGCACACCCAAAGGGCUGUGCGAGCUAGAGAGCAUCCCAGCCGGCUCCCUGCAGGAGGAGGAGGAGGACGAGGAGGAGGAAGAGCUGGAAGGGGCAGGCUGCAACUGCUGCUGCUGCUCUCACACGAGUGUCCGCUCCCUCCAGGACUCACCAAGCUGGCUGGACGCCCGCUUGCCCUGGCCCACGCAGCUCUUCCACUCGGCAGCCAGGGGCUGUAGGAGUGCCCAGGGCAGCUCGGGCGAGCUGCAGCCGCUGCAGCGGCGGACGCGCCGGCACCGCACCAUCUUCACCGAGGAGCAGCUGCAGGCCCUGGAGGCACUUUUCCACCAGAACCAGUACCCAGACGUCAUCACCCGCGAGCUGCUGGCGACCCGCAUCCACCUGAAGGAGGAGAGGGUGGAGGUUUGGUUCAAAAAUCGCCGGGCCAAGUGGCGGCACCAGAAGAGGGCAUCCGCUUCAGCACCGAUCCUCCGCGGCAGCAGGAGGCCCCCUAAGGAGAGCUGCUAGCGGCUGCCAAGCUGCGUGGCUGCAGGUGAAAGCCAAGAGCAUCCCCUCCCCACAGCUGACAGGCUCUGUAGGGAGCAGCCCCGCGGGGGCUCAUGAAGCCAGAGGGGAGGUCUGUGAUUCCCAGAGGAGGUAAAAGGAGACAGCACUUCCACAUCCCAGUUUUUCCUUCCCAGCUUAGUUCACACAGCAGCUCAGCAGGCAGCGUCUGCAGCUGCUGAAGCAGAAAUCACUGCCAGCAGCCUGCGCAGGGGCCAGAGCUGUGGCAGCACAAAACGUGUGUGCUUCAGGGGAAGGGAAGUCUCCUCUUAGACUCACAGCAUCGUUCAUGUUGGAAAAGACCUUUAAAAUCAUCAAGCCCAACCAUAACCCAGCUACCAGGAACACUCAGCUCUACCCUGAAGUGCCACAUCUGCACACGUCCAGGGACGAGGACUGCACCACCUCCCUGGGCAGCCUGUGCCAACUCCUCACCACUGUCUCAGUAGGGAAGUGUUUCCCAGUGUCCAACCUAACCCUCCCCUGGCACAGCUUCAGCCAUCUGCUCUCGUCCUGCCGCUGGUUACCUGGGAGAAGAGACCACCCCCAGCCCCACUGCAGCCUCCUUUUGGGUAGCUGCAGAGGGGAUCCGAGCAGUGGCAAUACCUUUCUGUUCCUCUCACUUCUUAACUCUCUCUCUCUCUUUUCCCCGCUCCUUUCCCCCGCGUUCCCUCUGCUCCAGCCCAUUACCAGGGGUUUGCAUUGUCUCUAAUAAACUGCGCUCAGCAGCU